GGUAAGUGGUUGAAACUAGCAAAAGGGACCCAUUUCGCGGACUCACCCUCGAGAGGACACCGCCCCCUCCUGUGCGUAAAGAGGCAGGACAGAGAGGACGCAGCGUGACGCGUCCUCUGCUGCUCACCUGGAACAGCGCAGGCGGCUGCAGAGAGACAGACAGACACGCAGACAGCCAACAGAGAGAGAGGAGGGCAGGCAGGUAGACUGCGCAGAGGAGCGGAGCCGGAAGAACGAGCAGGUCGACGUCUCCUGAUUGUAGCCUACUUUCUCCAAAGUGACUCCAGGCGGUUUUUAGGUCCAUACUCUGAGCGGUUUUUAUUUAUGAAAGUGAAGCGACAGCGGAGGAAACAUGACAGAACAAAGGAAGAAACUGAUCCUGGUCGUGGUGGAUGUUCUUUGUGUCUUUGUUGGUGAGUGACUCCCCUCUUGUUUUUUGUCUAUUUUUUAACAGUAUGGCUGUUUUACGCCAUAUGGAUGAUCUACUCUGCACUGAUCUGUGCUUUCAAAUAAAAAAACAUGACUCCAAAUGAAUUCAAAUCUUGCACAUGGACGUGAUUUAAAAACAAAUAUCCACUUGUUGCUUCUGUCUGCAGAUUAAUCAUUAAAUUAUUCUCCUGCAAAACCAAAGAAGCAUGUCAGACCUCCUACACGGGUAGUGAUUUUACACUCAGCAGUCCAAUGAAAGAUUGCAAGACAUCAUUACUCUCUAUCUUGUUCAAACAGGUCAAUCAGUGUUUCCCAAUAGUUAGUGAGAAGCCUGAGAUCACUGAGGUUAAGACAUGACACACACACUCCUCAGGUGUGACAGACAAUCUGAAUCCAUGAGGAGUGUUUUUAUAUCUGAUGUGUGGACGAGUGAGAGUAUUAUCUCUGUGUGUGUUCAUCUCCUGUGUCUCUUUUCUUCCAUGAAUAAUUUCCACGCUCUGCGCCUGCUUUCAUGCUUUCUGCGUAUUUUUCUUCCUGCACCCCUCUGGCCUUUUCUUUUUUAAACGCAGGGUUAGAGGGGAAGAGCAGAGACCAUGUCAAUGAAUCUCUCUCUGUGUGACAGUUUGAAUCCUGUUUUGGAAACUGAAGACCAGGUGUGUACGUGUGUGUGCGGUUGUGUUUGUAAGUGUAUAUGUGUGUGUGUAGAGAGAGAGAGAGGGAUAGAGAGGGGGGCUCUCUUGUGUGGAGAACUGUAAAGGGAACAAAUCUGCUUGUCCCAACUUGCUCUGGACUUCAGAGAGGACACAAAGCCAUUAAGAGAAUAGACAUCUUCCAGCUGUUUGUGUCACAUUUCUCUCACCACGAGGCCCACAGAGGUCGGAGUUUAGAUGAUGGAAGAAAGGAGGGCGUCUGUCGUGUUCAUCUAUCACAGAGUUUACUCUUGGUAGAGGGUUUAAGGGGUGAAAUACAAGGGUUAAACUGGAACCUGGCUGCCUACAAAUCUAUGCGUGUGAGUGUGUGUGAGUGUGUGUGCAUCCAGUCAUGGAUCCAUCUGGUGAGUGACAAGCAGGAAUGAUAAUGACCGUUCUGCUUUGCAGCCCACUCUGCUCUGAAAGACUAUGUCCAUGUGAGCGCACUUUAUAAAGAGUCCUUUAUCAACACAGGCCUUUUUUUUUAAGAGGUGAAACUCUUCAGUCGAGGGAGACAUCAGGAAAAGAAAUAGAAGAUCUUCAAUCAGGAGAGUUCAGGAGAUUUAUACCUGAAGUUGUGUACCAUACCAUUGUAAUUUAGGAAAACAGCUUUAUUUGGUCGAAUAAAGCUGUUUUCCUAAACUACAAGUGUUGCUGGAGCUCUUUCGACCUCUUUAAGACCCUUUUUCUCUAAGCACCUUGGUAGUUGGUGAAGCUGUGCCAGAAUUUUUAUCCUCAGUUUGUGUUUUUUUAACUGUAGAAUUUCCAAACCUGAUCCCACGAUAAAUUUUACAUGGCAAAAUUUUCCUGGUAGGAUAUCCCGGUGUAAAAUUUCCCCAAAAGACCAUCUUUCAGUGUCCCGUGAUGCUUUAGAUCAGUGGUUUUCAAGUCCAGUCCUGGAGGCCCACUGUCCUGCAUGUUUUGGAUGUUUCCCUGCUCCAACACACCUGAUUCAAAUGAUGAGCUCGUUAUGAAGCUCUAGAAUGGCUUAAUAACGAGCUCAUCAUUUGAAUAAGGUGUGUCGGAGCAGGGAGACAUCCAAAACAUGCGGGACAGGACUUGAAUUCAGUAAGAAUAUCCUCCGUUUUUUCCCUGGUAAAACGGGAGAGUCAAAUGUCUCCCCGCUCUGGACUUCUUGACGUUAAGCGUUUGUGAAAUCGUUGAUGAGAUGAUAAAUGACUCGUCAGAUAAGGAUUUCUUCAGCUGACUAAGAAUAAGUUCACGCACUUCAUCAUCUCUCAACUUCUGGGGUGUGAAAGUUUACGCGAUCGGCGUGAAACAACGCUUAGUCAUCGGCUUUUAAAAAGAGAAAACAGCGGUUGAAGAUUUGUGGUCUGCAUUCUUAUCAGUCACUUUUCCUGUCAGGACUUUCACUUAUGAAUGUAAUGAAUAGAAGCCAGCCCUGAUGAUGAACUUGAAUGCUGAAGUACACACCUGCUGAGCAUGAAUACAUCCAGUGAUAAAACACAAGGACAAGUGUUCAUGCUCAAGGAAAUUAAUGUUCGAGGUCAAAAUUAGACCUGCACAUAUCAGGUAGAAAAGAAGAAAGGUUAGAAAACACUAACUUAGGAAAUGCUUUGAAAACUAAUAGCAAAAGUACUGAAAGUAAAGUUUUAAGUUCCUGUGUAAAAUUCUGUGAACUAAAUCAUAGAGAGGAAGUGUGACUUUUACUAUAAACCACUGGUGGAGGUGUGGUGACAGACCACGUGUUUCACAGCAUGUUUUUCCACACUUUUCCACACGUUCCACAGCAAAGAUACUCAAAAAAGAGCAAACAAAGUCUUAUUCAAACCAGACAGAUUAUUGGAGAAGUCACAGAGGAGGAAACCACUUCCACUCUUUUUGGAGUUUCCUUUCUGUGACCCAAUUUUGGUUAGAAAAUCAUACGAUAUCAGACUUUGAUUUAAAGGAAGUCAAGUGGAGAAAGAAGAAGAAAAAUCGGUAACCCUUUCUUUCACGGUACACUUAUUACCAGGUAAUUAACAGGUAAUUACCUAGUAACAACAUUAAAUUAUCUGUAAUUACAUGAUAACUACUAAGUCAAUACUGUCUAGUUUUUCUUCUUUUCUUUUUUCUGUGCAGCUCCAUUUUCAAAAGCUAUUUGGGGUUCUUAUUUUCGAUGAUUGACACAUGAUACAGCCUAUGGGCGUGCGAAGAUUGCGUAGCGAUACGCUGUUUGAGCCGAGCGUUAUCACAGCGACUACCAGAUACCAGAGCAAUUCGGCUUCAAAUGUGUACGAUAAUGGAAGGUUACCUACCUGGUAGUGAGACAGUAUUGGCUUAGUAGUUAUCAUGAAAUUACCAGAUAAUUUCAUGUUGUAAUUACCUGUUAAUUACCUGGUAAUAAGUGUACCGUAAAAGAAAGGGUUCCUGAAAAAUCUGAUCCGAAUAAUACAAAGUCCCAAGGAAUGGUGAAUGAUGAAUGGAUUGAUUGUCUACCUUGUCAUGCUAAACUUGUGAGGUCUUUAUGAUCAUGUUACACCAUGAGGCCCAGGGUUCGAUUCCACCUUUUCUCAUUUAUAUUGUUCCCUGCUUACUCUCUGUUUCCUGCUCUGUCCAUAGUCACGUCCUCUCAAACUAAAAGCAAAAAAGCCAACCACACACCAAAAAUAGGUCAAAUCUCAAUCUUAUCUACAGCUUCUUCUGAUGGUUUGAUAACAAACGGUUAAUGGACUUAAUUGAAUGUUGACUUUUUAACUUGGUAUUUAGAAAGUCAAAGGAGUUUUUAUCGUGCUUGUUUCAUCCUUUGGCUCCUCUGGUGUUUGGUUAAAGAUCUUACUGAUAUAUCUGUAUCUGUAUCCAGUUCCCAUUCCCAGGUUAAGAUAACAGUCCUAUCAGAGUAAACUAAAGUCCUCGACUCUUCUUGUGUUUUAAUUUCCUUCUUUUUAUCGCGGUGUCUUCAUUUUUCUUCUCCCUUGGCUCUUAUUGUAUGUUUUUAUCUUGAUAACAGUAAUCUGUGAGCGCAGGGUAAACUAUCAUCAGGUAAGAGCCCCCUCAUUUAAAGAUGGGCUGAGUGUGUGUGUGUGCAUGUGUGUGCGUAUAUGUGUGUGUGUUUGAUAUGGCAGGAAUGUGCUGACCGUCCACAUUAUAAGUGAUCUGUGAUUCUGCUCAGUGUUUCAUUUCUGCCUCUUCCCCUCUGCAGUCAAACCUCCAUCCUGCCAUUAUUUGUUGCCAGAGCACACAGUAGAUACAACACAGCUUGCACACACACAGACACACACAUAUAUGCACGGUCACACACACUUAUCUGGCUUUGACCCAGCAGAAAAACUGUUGUUACCCCGUCCUGACAUUCAGGUUUCAGUUACAUGUAGCAUCUCUAAAUGUUUUGGUAAAACAGAUGAGCUUUUGAGAAAGUUACGCUCUCUUCAUUUUCGUCUCAUUUGUCACCGUCUCUUUAUUUUUAUAAAUGUUCUGAUCUCCGUCCAACUUUUCCAAAAGUAUUAUCAGUAUAAACACGGACAAAAUCAGGUUUUUAUUAAACUGAUGUGACUUUUUUUCACAGUUCCUUCCCUUCUUUGGGCUGCAACAAACUCCCACAUGAGUCUACAGAGUUCUCAUGUUAAAGUCUUUAAGCAAAUAUUUGUUCACCAUGACUCAGUCAUACGCAGGGAGCAACUUUCUGGAUUUUCUUGAACAACGAAAACUUUUGGAAUCCUGUUUUAGAAAUCCACCGAGCACCAGCAGGUUUGUCUGUGCGCUCUGUUUCAAAGACGCAACUGCUUCAUCUAGUGGUUUUACUUCCUGGUUACCUGGUCAAUCAAUCAAUCAAUCAAUCAAUCAACAGUUGUUAUCCCAAAAUGCUUCCCAAAGAAAAAGAGCAGGUCUAGACCACGCUCAUUGUUUGAUGAAUUAUCAUGACCCAACCUUAAGCGUCUUAGGAUGACGAUUAUUUUGAAUUGGUGCUAUAUAAAUAAAAUUUGAUUGAUUGAUUUGAUUGAUUGAUUGAUUGAUUGAAGGUGGGACUGAUUUGACCCAUCUCAUCUAACAUGAGUGACAGUGGCGAGGAAAAACUUCCUUUUACCAGGCAGAAACCUUGGGAAGGACCAGACUCAUGUUAGACAGCCACCAGGCCGCUGCUGGGUUGGGGAGAGAGAUAGGGGAGGUAAGAGAGAGAGGGAGGGAGGGAGGGAGAGAGAAAGAGAGAGAGAGAGAGAUAGAGAGAGAGAGAGAGAGAGAGAGAGACAGCAGCAACAUUAAAACAACUGCAACUACAACAACAACUCAUGCAAAGUUGUGGUUAAUCCUUGAGAUGGGAGCUCCUAUUGGCCCUUGGUUUGCUUCAGAAACUGUUGCCAUUGCUGGUCAUGGUUUGUAAAGCCUCAUUAUGUCUCUGCGUAUAGACUGUAUAACACAUAGAUGUCAUCUCAUUCUUUUGUUUCUGUAGCGGAGUGUUAAAGUCUAUUAACUGAAACUUUAGGUUCACCUAACAAGAGGCACAGAGUGGGAGUUAAGGCCUUUAGCGUCCUCGCUUACAGCUACUGUGUCAGUCAAGUCAGCAAUUCAUAUUCUUAUCUUUAAAACAAUUGAAUCAUUUUAGAAAUGAACUCCUAAACAGUGUGUGUGGAGAGAGAAAUGAGCUUUACCGACCCCAGACUGUAAACAUGUUUAAAUCACAUGUGGAAGUGUAGUUUUUAAUACUCCAGGAGGUUGCUGCAUCUGUUCCCAACAAAGUGAGUAAAUCAUGGGAAUCGUCCAAGUUUCUCUUUUGUGCACUAGAAGACAAAGAGGGCGUGACUUCUUUUCGUACUGUAUUUCUGUGAGACUGAAUUCAGCUGUUGCUGCGUUUAACUCAGGUCACUGGGAUAAUAUUUCACCAUAAAUGCUUUUAUGACCGUGGUUACUCCCUGUUUCUUUCAGAUCAGGCCCUUUGGUCCGCUCCGGGGUCAAAAGACAGUCUAAGGAUAACUGAGAUAAAUCAGACACACACACAGCAGCAGCAUAAAUAAAUCUGAUUUACGCUCAUGUUUCUUGUAAAUUGAUUUACUUUAGAUAUCAUUUCUAACUAAGAGGUGAAUUGACAGCUAACACCGGUCAUUCAGCAAGUUCAGCAGUCAGGGGAAUGACCUCUGAUGAUUUAAGGGACUCACUUCCACAUAUUCACUGUAAUAUCAGGAUGAAAAACUGUGGUUAUCCCCACUUUUACAGCUUUAACCCUGUCUAAGCUAGCUUUGAGGAACUACUCCGCCCCCCUUAAUCGUCUUUUCUGUUUUAAAGAAGCACAAAACACUUUGGAAACAUCAUGAGGAAGUUUGAAAUCUAUUUCCUUGUUUGGGUUCAUGUAUUGUUGGCUGAUCAGGAUGUUGAUUCAGGACAAAAGGAGGGUUAGAUAGUAAGAAUAAGAGGUGAAACAGUCUAAAUGCAAACGGAAAUGAGUGGUUUUUUUCAGUCAGUGGUGUCAGUCGGACUAUUCUUGGAUAGAAAGUGGUGCAUAAUCAGUAUUUUUGUAAGAUAUCUUCAUCUGGAUUUAUGUAUUUUCCUUGGGUGGGAAUCAGCGAUGAGGAAAUGAAACUUUGCUCAUGUUAGUAUAAAACCAGCUGGAUGUUAAAGGUCGUCACAAGCUUGUAGGAUUGAAAAGGUUCGACUAGCUUUAAAGACAAGUUUUUCAGAGGAGACGGCUGACAGCUGCUGUUGUUUGUCUCUGCGCCAUUUUUACAGUUUGCUGUCAUGUUUGAAAACUCUAACGGGGUUCGAAACACUUAAAUUCUUCCUCACACACACGGUAUUUUCUCCUGCCAAAUAAGUGUCAAAGUCAAGUGGGAAGUGUUGACUUCUGCUCCCUGACAUUCCUGUGUGAAAAUGAAAAAGCGAUGCUGAAGAGAAACUGCAUGUGAGAGUUUUGCGGGCUCGUUUCUCACAAAACUCGGCGUUGCGAGUGAUGUAGACCCCGCGUGGUUUUGAAUCCAUCGUCUAUGAGGUUUCAGAAAGUCUUUUCAGAAGUGUACGAUGGUUGCAACUGAAAGCAGAAGGACUAAUUCUGUUUUUUUAGAUUAAAGUUCAGGGUUCACACCUCAGUGAAAUACAGGAAGAUUGAUUAUUGAGACAGAUUUAAGGUAAAGCAAACUUAAAAUCCUAGGAGAUGGUGAUAACAGUCAUGAAUUUACAUGCUAUACAAAUAAAAAUGGUCAGAAAUGCACUUCAUGUUAAGGAUGAGAUUUGUCAUAUUGCAAUACUUAAAGGGAUAUUCCGGCGUAAAAUUAAUUUAGAGUCAAACACACCGUAACACAGAGUUAGACACCCCCUCGAGAGGUGAGUGUUGCCGACCGCUCUCCUCUCUAGUUAUACCAACUUUAGCAACGACCGCAGGAUAGCAAUACACAGCGGUCUGAGGAGCCAUAAACAAACCUCAACCAAAACGCCACUCUAUAGCCACAGAUAAUGCUCAGAACAGCACCUAACUUCAUCAACAGUACAUACAGGGUCCCAGCCACAGAACUAGCCACCAAACAACUUUUUAGCUUUGCCUAAUUUCUUUAGCAAAGAGACUAAACACAACUCACCUACUCUCUUCCAGCAGCCGCUUGUAUGUAGCGAGACCUCAGGCCAGUCCAUCAUCAACUAAGGUGGGGUUUCGCAGCUCAAGGAAGAACAUUUAUGAUCAUUUCUUCAUAGAAAUACAAUCAGACCGAGAUGCUAAGGCAGAAGAACAACUGCGUCUGCAGUGCAAAAUGAUGAUUAUCACUUCAAGGAAAUGAUAAAGAAAUGAUCAUAAAUGUUCUUCCUAGAGCUGCGUCACCCCGCUGUAGUCCAUAAUGGACUGGCCUGAGGUCAUUUUGCUACAAACAAGCGGCUGCUGGAAGAGAGUAGGUGAGUUGUGUUUAGUCUCUUUGCUAAAGAAAUUAGGCAAAGCUAAAAAGUUGUUUGGUGGCUAGUUCUGUGGCUGGGACCCUGUAUGUACUGUUGAUGAAGUUAGGUGCUGUUCUGAGCAUUAUCUGUGGCUAUAGAGUGGCGUUUUGGUUGAGGUUUGUUUAUGGCUCCUCAGACCGCUGUGUAUUGCUAUCAUGCGGUCGUUACUAAAGUUGGUAUAACUAGAGAAGCAAGCGGUCGGCAACAUUCAUCUCUCGAGGGGGUGUCUAACUCGGUGUUACGGUGUGUUUGACCCUUUACAAAUAAGUAAAGAUGUCCACUCAGGGCGCUAAAGCUGACACAAACAGGAAGUUUAAGAAAUACAAAGACUCAAGACUUGGAAUUGCAGUAGCAGUUUCAGUGAGAUUUGGUUAUGGCACUUCCCGUUUUAGACACGCAGUUCACUCAGUGUUAUCUCACAGUGUAUAAAUAAAUGUAGGUUAGUUUUAAUGUGAUAAAACAAGACCACAAGUCCAAAGUCGUGAGACAAUUAAGGUCCAAAGAGGUUAAAGUCAGGAGGGUCAACAUCUUAGUGUACAAAAAGAUUGCGCACCUCCAAAAAAGAACCUUUGUCUUUUUUAAAACAUCCAUUACCGCUCGGACUUUCCCAGGAAAAAUCCCCGACUCACAGGAUAUGAUGUGCUCUCUCAGUUUUCCUGAAUUUAGUCAAAGAUAGCCCCCCCCCUCCAAAAGGCACAACGAACAGGACCACCAGAAGAUAAAAUCUUAUAAGAGGAUCUUGUGAGAGGGCAGAGAGUUAAAGAUACAGCCAGAAUAAAGAUCUUCAAAUCUAAAUAUUUGUUUUUUGAGCACCUUGGUGUGAUUUGGAAACACCGGUUGCAAAUCCCUGUUAAGUUAGAAACCGUGAGUCGCCAAGUGAAACAGUGAAUCUCACAGUCCCCUGUUGAGAUUUAACAUGCGGGACUCAAACAAAUGUUCUCAUAAAACAUGAUUACCUGUUUCUUUUUCCUCGCUCACUCGCUCAGGGCCUCGGCCGCUCAUCUUGAAGGCUGAAUAACAGGAACACUUCCCACUUCCCGCUGGGUCAGAGGUCAAGGGGAAGUUGUACUUGUGUCUGAUCCCAAAUUCCACCAUGUUUAUUUUCUCAGAGUGGAAUCAGGGGUUCGCUCCUGCCAGAGGAGAUUGUGAAAGCGUAAAACAAUACUUUCCCUUCUUCCUUUUUUAUCUCUCCCGCAGACUUUUUGUUACAGAGGACAGAAACUCAGCAGCCUCUUUGGAAAGACAGGCUGGAACUAGUUCCUACACUGUUUGCAGAUUUAAAAGUUUAUCGAGGGAGUGAUUGAUAUUUCACACAUGGCAGUUGAUUUUCUCCUCUCAGAGUAGGAUGAGCUUGAUAGAGGACCCAGUUUGUUAGUUUCACUUGAAUUUUAACAUCUAAGCAAGAGUUUUGCUUUCUAUGACAGGUGAGGCAGGUAAAUAAACUCAAGAAAUGAAAGUGGAGUGGGUCAGGAGGUUUAACUUUCACUUUCAAAGGAGGACAGGACGGACCGGAGGAGUAAGAGGGAGGAAUAAACGGAAGAGUUAGGCCGUUUACGGUAAAACUUCGACUUUCCGGGGGGGAAAAAAGACGCGUCCCGGGUGGAAGCGAGAAAACUGACACAACAGCAGACUGAGUGUUUUUCAGUUCUGAUUAGACAUUAGUGUUGAGAUGUCUGUCUGUCAUGAUAGCGUGUACUGAGUCGGGGCCAGUACCAGAUAAGAACAUUAAACUAUAAUCCAUAAACGUAAGCUAACAACCGAGACCUAAUGGUGCUGUGACAGCAACGCUGUGAUUGAGUUUGAGACAGGGAAAAUACAUAUGGUAUGUUGUAUCUGAACAGGUUAGCUUACGAGCUAAAGUUACUUAGCACAGAUGAAAGUUAAAACAAAGACGUUUAGCAAACUGUUAAAGCACACAAACCAUCAUCAUUUGAGAAAUCCGACGCUAUGAAUCUCCACAAGUUGUCCUUCAGGUCGUUAUCUUUGUAAUAUUUGUGUUUAUUAUCAAAAAGCACUCUGUUCUUCGACACGUAAACAAUCAGCCGGUCAGUCGGCCAUGUUGGAUAUACCGGUGAAUCUGACGUCGCAACAACAUGAAAUCUGAUCGGUCAGAAAUGGACAUACAAUAUGCGAAACUUUAGAAAAAUCGACCAUGAUCUGAAAAAAUAAAUGGCGCAAUAACGCAGAACAGGAAAACAUCGCUGAUAUGAACACUUGUAUUGACAGGAUACGGGUUAGAAAAAAAAUAAUCCCAUGACAAAAACGGUCCCGGUGUGAAAGGACCUGUAGGCUGUCGCUCCUCACUGUUCGAUUUUUGUUUUAUCCUUGUGACAUCUCCUGAUUCAGGUGAAAAAAAUCUGAUAGAAUUAUUUUUUCACGUCCUUUAACCAGAGGACAUUUUACUUAAGAAAAUACAUCAACAUACAAACAAUAUAACUUCUUAGUCCAUCAUGAAGGAAUUAUAGACAGUAUUUGAGAUGAAAAUCAAGAAUAAAAAGAUGGAAAGUUCUGGGAAAAUAGUAAACAAAAAUAACACAAAUUCUCUUAAAACCCUCAAAUACAUUUUUUUAAAGAAUUGUAUAUCCAACAAGCUUUAUGUCUACUGUUAAGAGAUGUCACAGAGUGUAUUAUGGUCAUUUUUUCUCUGCCUCUGCUAAGCUAGGCUAACCACACUUUGACUAAGAGGGGUACUAACUCUGGCUAAGAAGGCUAAUUAUCAAAAUGAUGAACUUAUUGUUAAGAAAACUCACUUUAAUGCACAAUGCAACUCAGAAUAGUGGAUUUACAACCAAACAAACGCAGUUUUUCUUCUCAAAGGGAAAGGAAAACUGAUAUUUUUGUGUAAAUCUGUGAAACAAACCUCCCUCCCCUGCCCCUCUACCCAGUCUCUAGGGAGGGCACACUGCCCCACCAGCACUGGCCUUUAAAAACAUACCAGACCUUCUGUAAUAAUAGAGCCGAUAGAAACGCUCAGUCCCACUCUGAUAAUAGAAACUCUCUGUGGGCUGGACUCCCAGAGGCUGUUGGAGCAUGUUUGAUAUGCAGUGGAAUUGACUUCCUGACUGAUUCUGUUGUUGAAUAAGCUUUGCAGAGGGUUUUAUGUGCAUGUGCGUGUGUGUGUGUGUGUGUGUAUGUGUGUGUGUGUGUGUGUGUUUUGAAGGCCACUGCCAUGCUCUGUCCACCCUCCAUCUCCACCCUAGCAGUGUGUGCAGCCAGCAGUCCCUUAUCUAAAUGUUAUCCCUGCACCCUGCAGAAUCAACAAUGGUUGGAGCUGACUUCAAAGAGGAGCUGAGAGCACGCUUGACCUGCUGGAAUAAUGAACUCUGAGAUGUGAGGAGGGGAGGGAGGGCAUCCUGUCAUCUGAAUAAAUUCUGUUUAAUGAGGAAACUGCUACUUAUCGAAGAGCAUUAGAGGCACUUGUGAUACGUGCACCAAUUUUUAACACCACUCUUUGCAGUCAGUACGUGUCCUCUUCUUCAGGCAGCUUGUUGUGAUGUAAACCAGUCGAUGUGUCAGGCUGAAAGUUAGACGAUAAAACAGACCCAUGUAUGGACAUCGUCACCAUGAAAGACGGCCACUAUAACUACCGUAUUUUUCAGACUAUAAGGCGCACUUAAAAUCCUUCAAUUUUCUCAAAAAUUCACAGUGCGCCUUAUAAUCCAGCACGCCUUAUGUUUGAUUACUUCUUGUGCUCACUGAUCGAUUUUAUGUGGUACAAUGCGCUCAAAAAUCUGUAAAAAUGUGUAAGUAUGACUUUGGUAUUCAACAAAACCGCUCCGCUCAAUGGAUAUUCGGAGCACUACGGUAACUGUCGUCUGAGCUUUCACGAAAACUGGAAUGAUCAACGAACAGACAAGUACCGGUAACAUUUGAUGGAUUUGUGGAAGAGGAAUGAAUCAAUAAGUUGGCGUAUUUUUCUGUUGUUACAACUGAGUUAAAUAAAGUUUGAUUUACUGGAAUGUGCGCCUUACAAUCAGGUGCGCCUUAUGUGUAAACAUAGACAUGUUAAUUCAUAGUGCUCCUUAUAAUCCGGUGCGCCUUAUGGCCCGAAAAAUAUGGUGUUUGUUUGAUUGGACAGCACUGCAAAAACUGGUAUUCUAUGCGAGUCCGACUGAAAAAUUCUCAAGAUGCAACACGAUAGUAUAAAGAAAGUUGUGAUUUUUGUUUUAAAGAUUCAAAACACUCUGGACAAAAUCAGCAAAGAGAACAGACACUCUGCAUUGUCCACUGGGGGCGCCAAAACCAAUGAAACAAAACCAUGCUAAAAUUCCUUACUGUAGCUUUAAAAUGUGAUUAUAGAUCAGUGUUGUCUUCCGAAAUGUUUGAAAUUCUCUCAAGUGACAUGAAAAAGGCAUACAGCCGAGAAAAUAAUAAUAAUUACAAUAACAAUAAUAAUAAUAACUUUAUUUAUAUAGCACUUUUAAAAACAGAAGUUUACAAAGUGCUUUGACAAACAGUCAAAUAAAAACAAACGCUCAGUUAAAACAAAGUCUCCUAAUUGAAGGCCAAUUUCAUUUUUUAUAAGGAACCCAGACAAAACAAGAGCUCUACAACAUAAAAUGAGACCAUGAGGACCAAAAUAAAAACAUAAAAUAGGUAAGAAAAAGAAAUGAAUUAAAAAAGGGGGAUUGAAAGCAGGAAACAGGAUAGUAGAUGUAAAAAGACAAUAUUAAUAAUGAUAAUUAAAUCAUAACAAAAUAAUAAUUAUGGUAAUAGUAAUGAACGAAAUAAGGGAAAUGUGGGGUCCAUUUGUUUACAUGUGACACUACUAUUAAGAGCUGAAAGAAUAUUUAUGUUUAAGCAAGACAACCCAAAGUUAUAUUACGGUUAUUCUUCCCCGUCCUUUAAGACUCUAUUUACCCUAAAACAGAGUUCCUUCAUGUACUCAGAGCUCUUGGCUGUGAAUGUUUACAUGACCUCAGAUUUAAAGCCGCCCUGUAUACUUGAAGACAACCACCUGACAUUAUGUUGGAAUUACCUUCUUUAAAUGACCUGUUUGGGGUGUUUUCGUGUGGUUUUAGUCCGUCCUGCCUGUCAAAGCACAGUUACACUCUCUGGAGGAAGGAAGCAAUUUGUUAGCGGAGAGCCUCUCUCGUGGCAUUUGCUAGUUAACAUCCAGCACUCUUUGCGAAAACAAAACUCCAUCCAGUCCUCGCUAUGUAAACUGCUCGCUUUUCAAAACAGGAAAACAGUCCAAAACGUUUCAGUGUGGAGGGUCCAUGGCAUCAGCUCUUCAGGACCGGACUAUUGUCCCUGUUCAGAUUUAAGAGACAGCUUUAUGUGCGUCUCCUGCUCUGAACUCUGACUCUUUUGUUUGCGCUUGUGCAGAAACUGUAAAACCAAUAUUUCUGUCUGUGCCACACACAGAAACAGCUUUGAAUGACAGAUUUACACAUGCAUGUUUUUUUGCACUGUCCUCAAAAGUCAAGUAAGGUAACAUGUCUUAUAUGAGAGUGUGCUCCAGUGUAAUCCUCAGCUCCCAGGCCCUUCACGGCGUAAACACAACCUCAGUGUCAAAAGUCACGGCUCUCCUGUCCUGUCUUCUCCUGUCCUGCGUUUCUAUGGUAGCAAAUCCAUGCAGAGUGACCCGUGGAGGUGAAGUUGUUGCCUUUGAGCUCCACUGAUGACAUGUUCAUGGACUUGGCAGAGUCAGACCUUCAAACCCAAAGCCAAAAGUUUAGUCCGUCAGUGUGUUUUUAGCUGUUUCCUGCUCCUCUUUGUGUUUUGGUUCGCUUGUCAUCACUCAGUUGAAGGAUUCUCGUCGCUCUCAUGGAUCGAUCUCCAGCUGUUAGCAGUUUUACAAAGAGGCUCCCAAAGACUUCAAGAUGACUAGUUCAGUGCACCAAUCAGAGACGCCCUCCUUUAGGUAGCAAACACUCUUUAGUAUCACCUUAUUUAAGAGUGCUACUCUUAAUUUCUUUCCAUUAACUGCAGUAUGUGUUUGUGGUACUGGUACAGGUCAGCUGUCAGAGUAGCUUUUCAAAUGACGAAGGAGACUUUUGGAUUCUUUUUGUCAUUUGAUUAACUGACAACAAGGUUUGUGGGCGUAUAAAACCUAGUUACUAAUGUCAGUUGUAAAAUAAACUACAUACGACUGAGACGAAGAGAAAAAAAGGAAAGCAGAGGGGCAACAUCAUCUCAAAAUUUAUUCUUUCUUCACUUAAAUUAAACAAGGAAACAAAAUGACAAAAAUGUACACUUUUCCAAGCAGGACCACAAUGCUUUUUACUGUUUGGUAACACUUUAUUUGAUGCCUAUCUCUAAAAUGCAAUAUAAAUAUUCUCAACUCAACUCAACUUUAUUUGUAAAGCACAUUAAAACAACCACAGCUGAUCAAAGUGCUGUACAUAAAUAGAGAAAACAACGAAAACAUAAAAAACAAUUAAAAAACAAUUAAAAUAAAAGCAGAUAUUAAAAAGUAAAAUAUAGUUUCAAUGUUUUUAAAAAAUAAUUUAAAAACAAUAGAAACAAAUAACUAAAAACAAACCAUAAAACACUAAAACAGGAGCGGAGUCUCGAGCAGGGUUGAAAGCCGAUAAAUAAAAACGGGUUUUAAGACGAGUUCUGUUGCCUUCAUGUCAUCUUUUCCUCUGUCUUUUAUGUCUUUCUAUGCCAUUAAAUGCAAAUCAAUCAAACACACACAGUCCUGUUGGGUUUAUGUACAGUUCUGAAUGAGCAGCAGGUUUGAACUUUGAGUGUCAAGUUUGAGAAAAGUCUUUUUCCUUCCUCCUCCAGCUGCUCUGCCCUCGGCCAUCCUGACACUCAUGUUCACCCCGUACCAAAGAGGGAUCUACUGCGAUGAUCAGAGCAUCAACUACCCCUACAAGAGAGCCACCAUCUCUCACGGAGGCAUGGCUGCCGUCACCAUCUCCUGCACCAUCGUCAUUGUGAGUCCUCACACCUGAGCGCCUUCUCGCACCUUUAACCCACUUCAAAACCCGUCAUAAUGUCUCCUCUGUCUGCUCCUCAGAUCACCACAGGCGAGGCCUACCUCGUGCACACGAAGCGUCUGCACUCCAACUCCCAGUUCAACCAGUACCUGUCCGCUCUUUAUAAGAUAAUUGGCACCUUCCUGUUUGGAGGAGCCGUCAGCCAAUCACUGACAGACCUGGCGAAGUUCACUAUCGGUCGUCCCCGUCCAGAUUUCUUAUCUGUGUGCGCUCCAGUCAGCUGUCAUGGAUACAUGCUGCACAUCAACUGUACUGGCAACCCUCGUAAUGUGACUGAAUCCAGGUGAGAUUUCUCAACAUUCAGCUUCACUGUCUUUGAAAAUAUUCAUAAUAGAUGGAGGUCAAGCGAGUAUUAGACAACCACGUAAAUCAGUGAGGGAGUUUUCCGAUUAAAUUCUUCAUUUUUGUGUUUCUUUCCUUCAGGUUGUCCUUCUACUCGGGCCAUUCGUCCUUCGGGAUGUACUGCAUGCUCUUUCUGUCGGUGAGUGUGUGUGAGUGUGUGAGUGUGUGUGGUUUAGUCCUCAUUGUUGCGUGAGACAGUCUGAGGCUUGUAAAAAGUUGUGUUUACCAAAAACACCUACAAGUGACUGAAAACAGGCGGAGGCGCUCGACACGGGGCGAACAGCUGAUGUUUGAAAACAUCAUUGUUGUAAUGCGACACAGUGAACAAUGGUAGGAACAUGAGUGAUCCAAAAACAUAAAACCUGGAGUUUUAUACUCUGACCCCUAUGUGGAGUAAAGUGGACUGAGUCUUUGUUUGUUAUAGAGGGAGUAAGAUAGACCAUUUCCUCGUUAGUUUUGGUUUGUAUGAUUUUAAUUUGAAAAAUCCUACUGAGCAACAGACGCUUUUAGACAUCUAGUUUUUUGUUUUUUUUUUGUAGACCAAAUUUCAACCGUCUGGAUUCUGUUUAUUUUUAGAGUAAAAGGAAGAUGUUGCCUCGUAACCCAUUAUUCGAUAACUAUUUUAUGAGUUGCAUAACUGAUCUCCAAGUACUUAACCUAAAUAUGAUAGCCGUUUAGCAAUAUACAGUGUAGUAUAGAUAUAGCCCAGAUUUAGAUUGGUAACACUUUACAAUAACCAUAACUUAUAAAUGGUAAAAAGACCAUUUAUAAAUGGUGAACGGAUAGUUUAUUAAUGUUUGAUCAUCAUUCAUAAAUAUAGACCAUAUAAACCAUUAAUAAAUUAUAAAUUUUACAAUUUUAAAAACCUAACUUUACUAUAACCAAGUAUUGUUUAUAGGUGGUUUAUAAACCCCUUAUUAAUCAUUUACAAAGUAUUACAAACAUCAGUUGCAACUUUACAAUAACCAACUAAGUAAUGUUUAUAGAUGGUUUAAAAACCAAAUAUUAACCAUUUACAAAGUGCUACUGACACACAUUUUAAUCUCGAUGUUUUACAACCAAUAUUUAAACCCUAUAUAAACCUUUAAUAAAUAGUCUAUUAAUGAUCCAUGAAAAUUAUUAAUCAUAAUUUCAUUUCUUGUUAAUGGUAAAGUAACUAUUAACUUACAUCAAUAACUAUUUGCCAUUAUAAUUGGUCUAUAUGCUGUUUUUGAAUGAUGAUUAAACAUUAAUAAACUAUCUAUUUACCAUUUAUAAAUUAUGGUUAUUUUAAAGUGUUACCUUUAGAUUUAGUGUAAACUUGGUCUAAAUUUAGACGUCUAAAAAAUCUUCCUUUUUAGACCUGUGGUAGCCUGAUUUAAACAUCUAUUAGACCUCUUUUAGACCAAAAAAUUGCUCAGUGGGAUGCAGCUCUUGCGUCUUUUCGAUGGCUAAGAACCUCUCUGUUUUUUCAACAGCUCACAUCUUUUCACUUUAAUUACAUCUAAACACCUUUCAGUAGAGCAAACUCAGACACCAGGUGAUUUUAAACUGCGGCGUGUUGUUGUGUGCACAGCUCUACGUCCAGGCGAGGAUGCAGGGGAAAUGGACACGUCUGGUCCGACCGACUAUCCAGUUCUUCUUGGUGGCGUUCGCCGUCUACGUGGGGUACACCCGAGUGUCCGACUACAAACAUCACUGGAGCGACGUCCUGGUGGGGCUGCUGCAGGGCGCCCUCAUCGCUGUGCUCACCGUGAGUAUAACAUCAUGCGUCUGUGCCAUCUCAGCAGGAGAGAAAGCCUCUCUUAAACUCAAAACUGUAUUCUGACACCACUAUGUCCAAACUCCAAACUCUUAAGUUGAUCUUUAGUCAUAUUCUUCUGUUCUUCCAGUAAGAUGUUAAUAAUCCAAAGGGAAUGCUUUACCCCGUGACUCUGCGUGACCCUGUAAUGGGAUUCAUCCCUAAAAAACCCUCACUCUUUGCUGAGUCAGCUGAAAUUACUGACCCACAUUACCACAAAUGAUUUCAUCAUGUCCAAAGUGUUCUGGUUUAGCAGCAGGAAGUCGUGUCAAAACGCAGAAAAAAGAGGUUACAAGCAGUGGGAGGCUGGAAUUAGCGAGCAUCGUGAUACAUUAGUUACCGCAAUGACUGUUAGACGUCAUCAGAACAUUUACCGACCUGAUGGUUACAAAAAAAAGUCAGUGAAUGUUUCCAGGCUGGUGAAUUAACGUCUUUGUUUUCAUCAUUUACACUCUGUCACUAUGUCUCUGUUUAUACCAAGUCAAAUAUUCACCAAUGAUGAUAGUGUAAUUAUACUUACAAAGUUGAUUCAAGGUAGCAGCAGGUAUGUACAGCUGAUAAGGUGACCCAUUUAUCACACGCCUGUGUGCCAACAACAAGCUCCGACACAUCAGCUGUGUGGAAAUAUUUUGGAAACAGACAGCAGACACGGGACUUAAUAUCUGGAAUUAAAGGUUUGAAGGUUUGUCUGGUUUAAUGUCUGUUUCUGAUGAUCAAUCUAAGAGCAACAGGUGAGGAGAGACUUAGUGUUUGGAUAUAUAUAGAUGCUGAUAUUAGUAUCACCCAAUACUAGUUUAAAAAUAUAUCAGCGUAUCAGAUAAUAUAUUAGCAAAUAUCUGAUUGUGCGUCCCUACGGACUGAGAUGGCUUUUGUACCUCUGAUGCGAUACCGAUAUUGUAGCCUUCAAUAUUGGCCGAUACUGAUAUUGAUCUGAUAUUAGUACAAACUUGUGCAUGACAAGUUUUACACUCAGCUGCAACAUCUUUUUCGGACUUUAAUGAAAGUUACUGCAACAGGGCCGAUAUCACUCCUACUCCUUGGUACUUUGUUAGUACUUUAGUACACACUGUUGUUGUGAUUACAUGGUCGCUACAUGCUGAAUCUGGGCGCUGCUAGAUAGAGGUGCUGGAGUGGAGUCUGGAAUGGACUGCUUGUAUCGGAGCUAAUAUUGGAGCAGGCCGAUAUAAUCCGAUAUUUGAUUUUUUUGUUGAUAUCGGGUCAAUAUCUGAUAUCAAUAUUGUAUCAGGACACCCCUAAUUCAUAUUUAUGGUUUAUCCUGAGGUUGAAACGUCUUUGGAGAGGAUGUUGCUUCGUUCAGCGACUGUUUUUCAUGUCACUUUACUUCCUGCUUUGUUAAACUAUGCUUUUAUUUUGAAGUCAGUUAUCAAACUGAAUGUUGCUUUACUUAUUGGUUAUCCUGCAUUCAGUUACUUUUGUCUGGUUGCUAUUGGUUUCACAUGGUCACUGUGUUUGAAAGCUGGUAAGUUAUAUAAGGGGUGGUCCUACCUGCACUGGGGUGGAGAGGUGAGCCUAGGUAGCCAUAAUUUUUGUUGACCGCGCUUUAUGUUCUUUUGUUUGCUAUGAUACUCGUCGCAUAGUGUACACACAUUACAUCAGAAAACUUCUGCCUCAAGCGACUUUUUUAAAGCUACUUAGAAAGUUGCAAUAACAGCAGUUAAAACAAUGAUCACUUACUCAAAGAGGCACAAGCUCUAUUGUUUUUUUUUCGGAUCAGUCUCAAAAGUGCCGGGUCAUCUCUUAGAAGGUUGCUUCAGCUAGUUUGCUAGCAGUCUGCUUCUUCUUCUUCUUCUUCUUAGUCUGUUCUUAGUUUUUUGACGCAUGGCAACCAGGGUUAAGGAUAUCCUGAGUAACAGAAACAGCUCUGAACGAUAUUGAUCAUUUAGGUUUUGAUAUAAUCUGAUAUCUGAAAAUAUCUGCAUCGGUUCAUGUAAAAAUAAGCUACAAAAAAGAGCUCAUUGGUGUUUCAUUGUAUGACAUUAUCUCUUUAUUUCUGUCUUUUAAGGUCCGAUAUGUGUCCGACUUCUUCAAGCACCGCCCCACUAACUGCACUCGACCCGACGAGGCAGAGGUCGAGCACCUGGAGCGCAAACCGAGCCCGCAGCCGCCGGACUCGCAGCACGGAAACCACUACAACUACUCUGGACCUGUAUGAGCUCUUCAACAGCAGCAGCCACUCUUACUAACCUGGGCCUACACUCUCUAACAGCAGCAUUUUAACAUACAACUGUGACUUGUACAGAAAACCAAACAACUCCAUACAGAAACCACUACAUGGAGAUCCAGACCAGACCUGCUCCCAACUAUGUCUACUGCUAUAAAAACUCUCUGAGUCCUGAAACCUGUUGGAACAGAAGCUCCACCGUCGCUGUGUGUCUUUUAGUCGGGGUGUGUGAAACCGAAAUAUGUGUGACUGAUUUGCAGUGCGUUGUGUGUGAUUAUAGAUAUUUUUAUUUGCGGUGAGAGUUUCAGAUUUUAUGCUGUGAUUCAAACUAAAAAAAGGGGAGGUGAAAGGCUGCUAAAGGAUCUAUAAAUUUCAAAAAACACCAACCAAAGGUUUGUCUGUGUGCUUGGCUGGAGUGACGAAACUUUGGAGGCUGAAUGUUUUCGACUUUGUUGCUUUUUCCAGUCAGACUUGAGUUUUACAGUCGACACUGGAGCUACGAUAUAAAACUGCCGAUGUAUGUCUCUCUGCACAUCUCUGUCUUUCACUGUCCAUAGAGGAUGUGCAUGUGUUUUGACCUUAUCGAUAUCUUUGUAUAGUACUAACAUUUUUAUUGUUUUUAACUACUGUAUCUAAUAAACUGUGUAGCUUUUAAAAAAAUGUACCACUAAGGUUACAGUGCAAACUGAGCUGGCGACACGUGCUUAUGUUUUUAGUCUGUUUUAUUGUUUUAUUUUACCCACAUGUAUCAGUAAUGGUUAAAAAAAAAAGGCCACAGCAGAGGCGUAUUUAUUCCAUUAUUAUUUUUUUGUAUCUGUUGCUUGUGUAAUCUAAUUUUUAGUUCACGUCUGACCCAAACCGAAUCACUGCCAUGGACCUCUCACUUCCUGAGUGUAACACUUCUGCAACUGUGCGUAAUGUAAUCCUGUCUACCCUUGUAGUAUUCUCCAUAAAAUUGAGCCAGCA